UACAGCCCGGUUAACAAACCAUAUAUAUCUAAUAGUUAUAGCUUAAACGACAUUAAAUUUUUCACGUAUACGUUGUGAUUUUUUCAUCCACCAUUCCAUUAACUCUAAGCUCUAUUUCUUUCGUCCACGAAUUUUCAUUUGAACUCCAAAAACCAGUGCCACUUAUGAGUUAAAUCCACCCCAGGAAUUCAUCAGCGGCAAACACAUGUAUACAUAAUUUUUUAUUUUGUAAUGGUUAAUGUUUAGAACAGCUUACAUAUAACUUGAUUAAUUCCUCAACAUUCGAAAAUUAAGAACCAUAAUCUUGAGAUUUAAUCUCUAAAAAUUAAACUCAGGAUAUAAUUAAUUUAACUACCGAGGUUCACAUGUAUCUGUACAUUUUUUUUUUCCUUACAUGUAUCUGUACUUGUUUGCAUGAAAUGUGGCUAUCAAGCUAACCCAAGAAGGGAAAGAAACGAACUGACAAAAAUAACUCUGUCCAUCCAGUUCAGAAACAGCCCUCAAAGCAACAAAACGUGUACUCGAAGUGGACCAUCAUCCCAUCAUCAACCUUAUCUCAAGAUCAAUCCCUGUUUCCCAUUUUAUUAGUGCUGAAAGUUAGGCCAUAGCUGAAAGGUGUAGUGUGUAGUGUGUGUUAUUCUCUGAGUGGGCAUGGCAAACAACAUACCUUCUUUUAACAUUCUUUCUUUCUUGAGCAGCUGCCUGCCUGUCUGUUAUCCAUUUUCUCUCUAGUGGGGGUUCUAACCUAGUUUUAGGUAACUUUUAGUAUUAUUUGUAGCUAGUGUUAACAGAAUGAAGAGGCCAUUAUUGUUGUUUAGCAGAUUUUCUUGGCUUCAGUCAUGGCCUUCUCUUCUUGCCUUUUCCAUCCAUUCUCACUCAAGAAUGAUUACUCGGCGAAGACUAUAAGAUCUCAUCACAUUGUUGGGAAAGAUCGAAAGCUAUUUUCUUCCCUCAGAAACAAUAGCACCGAAAUCUUUGGUAGACGGGUUGCAAGAGUGGGAUCUGACUUGCAUAGAGACUGGAGUUUUCUAGGAGGUUCAAGAAUUGUCAUCCAUCCAAAACUUACUAAUUUCCUCGUCUAUCGAAAAAGCUCAGGAGUAAAUGCAUCAUGGUUGACAAGUGCUCAGAUCGCAAGCAGUGUUUUUACUUUGGGAACAGCGGCUGUUCUCCCAUUUUACACGCUUAUGGUUGUAGCUCCUAAAGCUGAAGUGACUAGAAAGUCUAUGGAAAGUAGCAUUCCAUAUGUUGUCCUGGGACUUCUGUAUGCAUUUCUAUUAUACCUGUCUUGGACACCUGAGACAAUACAUUUGAUUUUUGCGAGCAAAUACUGGUUGCCAGAGCUGCCUGGUAUAGCAAAGAUUUUCUCCAGUGAGAUGACAUUAGCUUCAGCAUGGAUUCAUUUGUUAGUUGUAGAUCUAUUUGCUGCAAGGCAGUUGUUCGAUGAUGGACUAGAAAACGAUGUUGAGACUCGGCAUUCAGUUUCUCUUUGCCUGCUCUUUUGCCCGAUUGGAAUCGUAACUCAUGUCAUCACUAAAGCACUAACCAAAAGUGCCGGAACUAGUAGACAUGGCAUGUAAUUCAUGAUUGACUGGUGCUGAAAUGAUCAAAUCAAUUUGUAGGGGGCUGGAAAAAAAAUGGAUUUCCCUAUGUGAAAAAAAUACUACGGAUCAAAUCAGCCUUUCAUGAA